AUGGAAAGAUUUAAGUCGGAAAUGGAGAACACGCAGAAGCGUACUUUGGAUGUGUUAAACGAACUGGAAAACUUCAAAGAAAAACUCUCAAAUGAGUUUAAUGGCAUAAAAGAACAAAAUAGACUGGAUUUAAAUGUAGAUUCGGUUUCUAUCCCAGCUGUUGCAUUCCAAUCACGGAAUCCAUCUACAACAAAUCCACCGUCUGGCGACAAGAUUGUUUUUACAGACACACUGCACGAUUCAACGCAUUCUUACGACAACAAAACUGGGAUAUUCACAACUCCUGUCGCUGGAACCUAUCUGUUCAAUGUUCAACUUUGCUUAGCCACCGGUACGAGAUAUAUUUAUUAUGCGAUAUAUGUCGAGUCUACGGCCGUAACUGGCACACUUCUAUACGACUCUUCAGAGCGAUUUUGCAGCAGUGCCACUGCUAUUGUGCACCUACGAAAAGAUGACAAUGUAUACAUAAAAGUGCCCGACACAAAUGGUAAUGCAUUGCGAGAGGCUGGUUUUGAGUGGAACAUGUUUAGUGGAGUUUUGUUAAACAGCAAAUAG